AUGGCUCAGUAUACCACAGGAGAUUGUGUCCGUUACUAUAACAGCAGUGGAGUUGAAGUUUCUGGAAAGAUCCACCGUAUUCUUGCCGACGGCAGCUAUUCUAUCACACCUGAUGGCCUCUCUUCCACUAUUAUCGUCCUCGAGAACAGAAUCAUUGGACUGGCAUAA